ACUCCGCCUUCAGGGAUAAAAACCGGCUGCGCAGUCUCUGUCGGUCUUCUCACACGUCAACCAGCCGGAGUAACUCAUACACACCACUCAAUCUUUACAAGAAUCAUGGCUGAGCAGAAGGAGCGCACUUUUAUUGCCAUCAAGCCAGAUGGUGUGCAGAGGGGCAUCAUCGGAGAGGUCAUCAAGAGGUUCGAGACGAAGGGCUUCAAACUUGUUGGCAUGAAGAUGCUCCAUGCCCCCCAGGACCUGCUGGAGCAGCACUACAUCGACCUGAAGGAGAGGCCCUUCUUCCCCACGCUCAUGAAGUACAUGACCUCCGGCCCCGUGGUCGCCAUGGUGUGGGAGGGAAAGGGUGCCGUGAAGACCGGCAGGGUGAUGCUGGGGGAGACCAACCCCGCUGACUCCAAGCCCGGAACCAUCCGAGGAGACUUCUGCAUCGACGUCAGCAAGAACAUCAUCCACGGCAGCGACUCUGUGGACAGUGCCAACACAGAGAUCUCUCUGUGGUUCAAGGAGGGCGACCUGUGCAGCUACUCCAGCUGUGCUGCCAGCUGGCUCUACUGAGACUCAGUGCAACUCUACCUCAGCCCUGUAGCCUGGAGGGGACCGCCACUCAUGUCUGUCCCACUCACCAUCACCAUCAUCAUCAUCACUAUGCUGUACUGGGAUACAAGUCUGAAUUCAUUCCUCCGCGUCAUUCCAUUAGAAACAUUCCAUCAUUCCCUAGAUAUCCAGUUAGUUGACCUGAAACUGUUGGUUUUGUUGACGGUGAUCUGCUUUCCAAUAAAAUGCUCACAGUA